ACUGACAGGUGUGUGGUAAUGAAGGGUGGUGGGGAAACUUCCCUGUGACGAAUGCCUUUUUCUCCACUUGCCUCGUGGAUUCUUACUAUCAGUAUAUGAAACUAUGCAUUUUCGCCGUGUAGACUUAUAGCAUUACUAUGCAUUUAUUCAGUUUCCAAAAAAUGCAAUCAAAAUUGAAAUGGAGGAUGAAGAAGUCUGUAUCGUUGCUUUAGUUUCCCUGCCUGAUCAUCGAGGAGAAGACAACACAGAAACUCAAAACUAUGAACCAAGAAAGAAAACAAAAGAAAAAGGACAUCAAGCAUCUUUGGACAAAAAGAAAAGCCAAUAUUUUAGUAGUAGAGGCACACAAACAGUCAAUAAGAUGGCACUAGCUAGUUUCUAUGAGAAUGAUGGUGAGGACGAAUCUCCAGCAAUAGAAGAACCAGACAAUGAUGCUGAUGAUGAGCUUCCCUCGAAGCAUACUAUGACUACUCGAAAAGCUGCUGCCCAGCAAAAGAAAAAUUCUCGUUUUGGUACAAUUGCUAGUUUACACCAGAGUGAAGAAGGUAGCUCCGAUGAAGAGGAAGGCCAAGCAUUUUAUGCAGGAGGAUCUGAACACAGUGGCCAACAGGUCUUAGGACCUGGGAAAAAAAAGAAAGACAUUGUGAGUGAGAUGUUCCGAUCCGUUCAACAACAUGGGGCUGAAGUUGUGGAUCCAGAAGCUACGUCCUCAAUGAAAAAACCAUCCACAUUUUCUGGUACUGGCUACCGCUUAGGUCAAACUGGAAAUGAUUCAGAAGUUGUGCGAUCAUCGAGUUCUUUGCAACAGUCUCAUUCUGAAUUUGUGCUCAAAUUGUGGAAAGAGGGCUUUAGUAUUAAUGAAGGACCUCUUCGAAAUUAUACUGACCCUGACAACAGGGAAUUUCUAGAGUCUGUUCGUAGAGGUGAAUUUCCUCAAGAGUUGAUUCGAGAUGCACAGGGCCAAGAAAUACAUCUGAACAUGGAAGACCAUAGACAUGUAGAAUUUGUUCCAUCAUCAAAACCAAAGUUGAAAGCUUUCACUGGGAAAGGUCAUGUGUUAGGAAGCCCUUCUCCAGCUGCUGUUGGUGUUACUGUGGCACUGGAUGACAAAGAUCGUGUUGCAAAUGAAGAGGAGGCAAAGGGUGCAAUUGCUGUGGAUCCUGAACGUCCAGCCACCACUGUGCAAAUCCGACUUGCUGAUGGUUCUCGACUCCUAGGGCGCUUUAAUCUCACUCAUACUGUUGCAGAUGUGCGCAGAUAUAUAACAAUUGCUCGGCCUCAGUAUGAACAUCAAAGCUUUACACUUCUAACUACAUUUCCAAGCAAAGAACUGGAAAAUUCUCUCACUUUGGAUCAAGCAGGACUGUCUAAUGCAGCAGUAUUGCAACGAUUGACAUAAAGUUACUUAAAGGUAUAUCUUUUCUCUAAACACUUCAAUUUGAAAAACAAAGAAGCACUUGUCACAGACAAUUCGUUGUGUAGUAGUUAGAGGAUCUGUUAUUUUUUUAAUCAGUGUAUUUCUAUCGUCACAUGAGUUUUUACUAUUUUCUGCAGUUAGGGAACUUGUAAAUUCAAUUUUCUUUUUCUCAUGUUUUGCAAAUGUAAGUUUUGCAUUAUUUUAACAAAUAUGAUACAUUUGUUAUUUUACAGCAGUUUCAUUUUCUUGCUCUGUAUUUUUUGAUGUGUAUGUACUAGAAAAGCAUUUUCGUAUUGGAAAGAAACAAAAAUUUGUUGUACAUGUUGACAUGGUUUAAAAAGUGUAAAAUUGUUAUUGGUUGCUGUGACUUAUGUGCUGUGAUACUUCACGUUGUCUUCUCUAAUGAAGUGUCAUCAUGGUUUAUAGAAGUGAGUAUGACAGCUAUUGAAAUAUUAUGAGCGUUGAUUUUCUUGUUCAGAAGAAAAGCUGUAUGUUUGCUGCGUAACGUAAUAAAUAUUGUACUCCUAUGGAAUAUGGCUUGCUGAUUUUUUAUUAUUCACUUCAAAUAUGUCCAGAAAAAGAGGCAUGAUUACGUUUGUGAAUUUUGUGUGAAAUAUCACGAUUACAGUAAACCUUCAUUUCCACAUUUUUCAGGGGACUGAAGGGGAAAAAUGUAUCAGUGAGAUAAAUGCAUAACUGAAAGUGAAUAUUUUGAGAAAAACACAAACUCAACUCAUUGGUGCGCUCCAAUCAUGGAACUGCUACCGUUAUUUAUUUAUUAGAUCCAUUUAGUCAAAGAACAGUAAAAACAGUAUGUGACGUAUGGGAGAGAAGUACUGCAGUUUUCUUUAGCUCCUGACCUCUUCCCCUUAUUUUAACUAUAAAUAGUUGAAUGAUGA